UGGCAGGCAGCCCUUCCCCUCUCCCGUGGCCUGCACAGGGGGGGGGGGGGAGUUGGGGUCUCCCGCUCUCCCGACUGACUGCCUCGCGCCUUCCGUGGGGCUUCCGACGUAAAGGCUCGUUUUUGCCUUGAACGAGCAGCAGUUCGACAGGUGUUGCUUUCCUUUCCGUGGAGGUGUGCGUUCCACAUGCUGCAUUUUUGUCUGUAGGGCAGCUGCUAAGGUGGCAAUUUAUUGUUGUUAUUACAUUUAUAGCCCACCUGUCCUCCAAGCAGCUCAUGGUCUCCCUCUCUCCAUCUUCACCUCACAACAACUCUGCGAGGUGGGUUAGGCUGGGAGAUAGUGACUGGCCCAAGGUCACACCCUUUGUGGCUGAAUGAGGGUGUGGACCCUGGUCUCCUGGGCCCUUGUCUGACAUACUAAGCCGGGGUAGCUUACACCUUCCUUCAUCUCUGAUUUUGACCAAGUUGGCUGGGGCUGAUGGGAGUUGACCAACAACGUAUGGAGGGCACCCUUUCUAAGCACUGCACUGCCUUUGUGUGUAGGCCAGUGGUUCCCACUAAUAAUUCUUACUAUUCAAAAAGUGAACUCCUAUUCAUGUGGAGGAGGUGUAAAAGGCCAUUAACUAGGUCGAACUCAUUCUCGAAUUGCCCCCCUUAAAAUUAAAAUUUCCCCCCUGUGGGGCGUGUGCCCCAUGUUGGGAACCAUGGAAGUAGGCAGAAAUGCAUCUGGUGCUGCUUUUCUCCUUGGCACAUCUGAAUUUGUAGAGGUCGUCCUAAAGCUGUUUUAUUAUUGCUGUUAAAGGCCUAAAACAGGCAUCCCCAAACUCGGCCCUCCAGAUGUUUUGGGACUACAACUCCCAUCACCCCUAGCUAACACGACCAGUGGUCAGGAAUGAUGGGAAUUGUAGUCCCAAAACAUCUGGAGGGCCGAGUUUGUGGGUGCCUGGCCUAAACAGAAGCUGUUUGUUUCUGUACCUGCCACAUUUUAGUGUGAGUGUGCAACAGAACCGUGCACAGAGCUGGCUUGUUUGCAUGUGUUGCAACCGCAGGUUUUUGUGAACUUGCAGGAGAGGUUUGGACCUUGGAGCCAGUGUGGUGUAGUAGUUAAGAGUGGUAGACUCGUAAUCUGGUGAACCAGUUUUGCGACUCCACUCCUCCAGGUGCAGCUGCUGGGUGAUCUUGGGCUAGUCACACUUCUAUGAAGUCUCUCAGCCCCACUCACCUCACAGAGUGUUUGUUGUGGAGGAGGAAGGGAAAGGAGAAUGCUAGCCGCUUUGAGACUCCUUCGGGAAAUGGCCCAUAGGAGCGGGGAGCAGAGCCUUCGGGAAGAGCUGACCUGCGCCAUCUGCUAUGAUCUGUUCCGAGACCCAGUCAUGCUGGAAUGCAUGCACCAUUUUUGCAGGGAGUGCAUCCAGAGCUAUUGGGAUAGGAGCUCAAAAGUUGCCACCUGCCCCCAAUGCCGGCAAAAGUUCCCCACCAGGUCCUUCCGUCCCCAGUACCUUGUUUCUGGAGUAGUGGAGACAGUUCGGAGGUGCACCUCUGAGGAACACAAGAAAAAAAUGCAGACACACCUCCAAGAGGCAUUUCAGUCUUGCCAGGUGGAGUGUGAGAAGCUGAUGAGGAUGAAGCAUGCAGCUGAAGAGAACAUCAGCACCCUGCUGACAACAUCUCGUGAAGUGAACUCCAAGAUCCGGGCAGAAUUUGAGUAUCUUCAUCAGAUCUUGCAAGAGGAAGAGAGAGCUGUGCUGACGGGGCUGGCCAGAGAGGAAGAACAGUGGUUGAUGAAGCUGGACGGAGAUGCCACACGUCUCAGUAUGGCGAUAACUGAGCUGAAGAAGAGCAUGGAGCAUAUUCAGCAAAAGCUUGAUAAGCUGGGGAACUCGUUGCUGCUGGAGGUGGAAAAAGUGUCUGUUAGGCCAGCUGUGCAGGUGAAAGAGUUGACCGCCUUUAAUAUAGAGCAGCACAAGGACCGGUAUGACGGACCCCUGCAGUUUAUAAUUUGGAGAAGGAUGCUGAAAUCAAUCUGCACAGCUCCUGCUCCUCUGACCUUGGACCCUGAAUCGGCUCACCCUAACCUUGUCCUCUCCAGAGACCUGACGGCAGUGACAGAGAGGAAGACGCCCCAGUCUGUACCCAGAAGCCCCAGCCGUUUCCUGCAGUGUGUGAACGUGCUGGCAAAGGAGUCAUUUGAGAGUGGAAGACAUUACUGGGAGGUCUGGGUGGGCACCAAGACCAAGUGGGACCUGGGAGUGGCAGCGGACUCAGUGGACCGGGCAGCAAGAGUCAAGCUGUGCCCCAAGAAUGGCUACUGGGCUAUACGGCUACGGGAGAAGUCUCGUUAUUGGGCUGCAACUGCUCCCUGGGUGCGCCUGAAUCCUGGGCGCUUGCUGAGAAAAGUAGGUGUCUUGCUGGACUGCAGGGCAAGGAAGGUGGCCUUUUAUAAUGCUGAGGACAUGUCCCUUCUCUUCACCUUCCACCAGGCCAGGGCACGCAGGUUCUUCCCUUUCUUCAGCACUUGUUUCGGCGAUGGCGAGAACACAGAGCCCAUGAGGAUCUGCCACCUGAACCUGUAGGAACAUCCUGAAGUCUGAUUCCAUUCAGCAAGACUUGGUAGGUCCCUCUUGUUUCCUGGGGACGCAUGAGUUUUGCAAAGAGAUUUUAAAAACCCACAACCCACUCUUCCAUUUCAUAGGAUGAACACCACCUCUUAGAAUGCAUAAAACAAUAUCAGCAUGAUGGAAUGUAUUAGAAUAGAUAUUAAAGCAGAUGAUUAAGAAGAAUUAGUCAGUUUCUGGUUCAUUUUUUCCCCUAAUUAUAAUUACGCACCCUUCUCCAGGUUAAUGCCUUCUUCUGUUUGGUGUACUUAAAGGGCCUUGUGCUUUGUGGAUGGUGCUGCCUGGUCAUUUCUGCCAGCUGUAUAAGAUAGGAACGAAGCCCAAAGCACUAGGGGUCAGUAACACACACAGCCACAACCAUUGGACAUUCUGACCUACAUUCUGACUUACAGACACGUACAAAAACACAGGUGUAGAAAAGCUGGAGCCAAGAGUGAUAAUGGCAGAGACAAGGAUGGUUUGCUUGUUGGUUGCAUUCAUAGCUUGCCUUUUCUCCAAGGAGCUCAAUGUGACAUAUAUGGUUCCCUCCCCUCCUCGUUUAAUCUCCACAUCAAUUCUGCGAGGCAAGCUAGGCUGAAAGACAGUAACUGGCCCAAGGUCACCCAUUGAGCUUCAUGGCCAAGUAAGGAUUUGAACCAUGGUCUCCCAGGUCCUAGUCCAACACUCUAACCACUACACCACACUUAAACUACCCCCCAGGCUCUGCAACACAUACACUCAUCCAAUAAUACAGCACAAUGUAAUCGUUCAUACUACCGGUAGUUGUGGAAGAAAUUAGAUUGUCAAAAUAAGACUGGGCACAGUGAAGUGCUGAAUAACGGUGCUGAAUAAAGCAGUGCAACCUAACAGUGGCAACAAUAAUGGCAGAUUGGAGGAGAGAGGAUUGGGAUCGGUGCACCUUAAUGGACUAAGUCCGUAUUGACAGAGCUAUGCUCCAUGGACGAACCAUUGGAUGACAAAUUGGUGUGUUGCAGCACAGUAGUUCAGAGUAGCUUCUAUAUUUGGCAAGAGAUGCGCAAGAGGCCUUUGUGCCAGUUUUGGCCUGUACCGGGAUGCCACAAUUUGUUUUCAUUGUAUUUACCACAUCCUCUUGCCGUACCGCUUUGUAAAAAUAAUAAUAAAUGCUUGCCUAUUCUUCUCCAAGAGUUUUCAGUUUCACAAGCUGUCAUUGUUUUUGCAGCAGUGCACAAAAUGCUCAAUCAAUCAGUCUUUUAUCCAGUGUUGACACUAAAGAAUUUCUUCAUACGAAGAGUGGAAUUUCCUCUUGCAAUGGUGUUUUUUCAGAGGGUAUAGGAGUUCCUGUUCUUGGUGCAGGGCUGCAUUUUGCCAGCAGAGGGCUCUGCAUGCUAACAGAACGCGCUGAGUGAUGGCGUUGAUGCUCAGCAGUUGGUGCAUGCCUUUCAUAUUUGGCAUCGAAUUCUUAGCCAGUUGUUUCCAAGAUUGUUCUAGCAUGCAGCAGCCUUUCUUUGUCAGGAGCCAUAUAGAAUGGGUUAACAAAGUUAUUUGCUUGUCAAGAUUAGCUAUUUCAAAGUAUAGCAGGCUGAAUUGUCCUCCUUCUGCCACUAAUAUAGUCAAAUUUUACAGUAACAGCAAUUUUACAAAUCUGUCAUUCAAAUUUUACAGUAACUUCCAUCGAUGCCCCCCAGACUUGCAUGAUCAUAAAAUAUCCAAAAUUCUGCCAAAGGGUUUUAGAAUUCUUUACUAAAUCUGACAGUAGUAGUUUAAAAAAAAUUGACAGUGUACAAUUAAAUUAAUGGAGUUGAAAAACUAUUAAUUUAGUUUUAAUAUAAAUAUGUGUAUAUAUAAAUAUAGUUUUAAUUCUAUUAAUUUUUACUUGUUUUUAAAUUUAUUUUUUCUGUUUUUAGCUGUUCUUAUAGUAAGCUGCCUUGAGUCCCAUUGGGGAAAUGCAAGGUAUAAAUAACAACAACAACAGUCUGCAAAACUGGGUGGACCAGCUGCUCAACUGAUAGAACACAAUAACUUAAGUAUUUGACUGAAUAUUUUCCCGUCUAAUGUCCAGUUAUACACUCUGUAUUAAACCAUUAUUUUGGUUUUAUCACAAUACAAACUAAAUCAUCUUAGCAGCCUACACAGUUCAACCUGUGAAUUGGAAAUUAAAAUAACAUCAUUAGCACAAUAAAAGGAUAACUAUCCUAUUGCAGCCUACUUUCACAGUACAAAGAUGAUUGCUUUUUGAGAAGGGCACUACAUCCUUUAAAAACAAUUUUAAAAGUACAUCCCUAGCAACUGAAAGGCUAUUUGAAAACUGGUCAUUUAACCCAGUUCUAGCCGGUAAAGUUGUUCCAGAAUACAUCCAUAUGAAGGAGCUUAACAGUUUUAAAUAAAUACCUACUGAUUGCAACUUUCUCCAAAAGGCAUUAGGGAGGGAUAGAGUCAAAGACUGCUUUCAAGUCAUUGAGAGCCGUGAAUCUGCUUUUCUGUGCUUGCAAGGUAUUUGUUGAUAAUGCGCUUCAGCAACAAGCAUGGAUCUAUAGUUGAAUAGUCAUGACACUUCCACUCUGAGAGAUUCAAUGCCUAUCUCAUGCAACCCAUGCGCGUGAAGCCAUUGCACAACUGCUCUGUGUUAAGCAUACAACUGCAUGAGAGAUCCCACUAGAUGUGACCAGUGCUGGAUUUGCGUAUAAGCUAAACAAGCUAUAGCUUAGAGCCCCACUCACUUAGGGGCCCCGCAAAAAAUUAAAGAAAAAAACCCUGGAUGUACAUUCCCAAAAUAUAAGAUAAACAGUGUUUUGUGUUGUGUACCGGUAGGCUCCUAUGAUACCUAUUAGGUCCAUAAAUUACCAUAUUCAACUCAAAAAACAGUGACGAUUUGUUGUUGACAAAGGACAGCUGGACAUAUAAAGGGCCCUAUUACCUUCACUAGCUUUGGGCCUCAUCAAACCUAAAUCCGGUCCUGGAUGUGACUGACUGAACACCUUUUAAAUGAAGGCAGUGGCAAUUUAAAGCAGGGACCAAAAUCAGUGCUAGACCUUUCCGCUACCAACCUGUGCCCAUCCAGAUAUCCCAUCAUCCUUGACCAUUGGCCAUGCUGGCUGGAGCAGAUGGGAGCUGGAAUCUAACCUGUGGGUUAACUACCCAGGACACACACAUAUUGUUGGGGGCAUAUUUCUAGUCUUUGAGCCUGGCCAGGACACCAUGUGAAUGGAUAGGGGGUGGGGGGAGGCAGUAGAUGCAAGAAGAGGUCAGCUAGCUCCUGCCCCCCUUUCCCUGCUUGAAAUUGCUUCCACCCCUGCAAUGUGGUUCAACUGAGUUUUGAAAAUGCAGGAUCCCAUCUAGAUCUUGCCCCACAGCCUCCCUGGUGCAGCUUUAGUGCACAGGGGUUAGAGGCACAAUGUGCUUGUUCAGGCUCCAUUGCUUCUCCUUGACCUGCUAGAGCUAUUCUCCACAACUUUUGAUUUUUGGGGUUUUUUAAAUAUAAAAAAAUACUGUUCUCAAAAUGAAAUAUGAGAGUCCCAUUCGUUUGAGGAAUGUAACAAAUGGCGCCUGAUUGUGCUAUUUGUUUAGAUUCCUAAGACUGAGGUUGGAGUGACAGGUUUGGACUCUUUUCAGAGCUGCUUUAAUACUUGAAGGAAAGGGGGGGGGAGUUGGGGAUCACCUCCUGGCUAAGAAACCCUCGUCUGUCAGCAGACUUUCUAAUGGGUGAGAUUAUACGGAGCCUUUCUGUAGCUCAAGGCUUUCAACAAGCCUGGUGGAUCCAGGCCCAGUGGGCAAAACAAACAUAUCCAUUGGCAGAAGCCAGCAGCUUUGAGGGGUGAGACACUGGUUGAAGAUACUGUACUUGAUAGAUUGGUCACAGUUAUCUAAUCUUAACAGCAGCCAGGGAUUGGCAGUGUCCUAUUAUUUUACCCUGGCACUGAAUGAAGCGGAUCUCCCAGAAGCUCAUCAAUCUGGUUUAAAAGUGUUACAGGAGGGCCCAAAGGCUUUGUGAGAAGGCUCCUUCCCACUUUCCCAGUGCAUAGAUGCAACCUAAUAGGAAAUGGUACAUUCACAUCCCAAACCUGUCCUCAUUACAACUCAAAAUUUUAAUGAAGCAUGCCAAAUGUAUGUGAAAUCAAUGAAUGUAAGCUUGAUUACAAAGUGUGAACAAAAGCAGUAAGUGCAAUAGACAAAAAGUGUGGUGGAGGUAUUGAUCCAACCAAGUGGGCUUCCUUCGGGGAAAUUCAGAGGACACUGUUUCAAUACAGUGGUGCCUCACUAGACGAAUUUAAUUCGUUCCACGGGUCUUUUCUUAUAAUGAAAAAUUCGUCUAGCGAAUCCCAUAGGAAUGCAUUGAUUUUUUUUAGGAUUUUUUUUUGCCCAUAGGAAUGCAUUAAUUGAAUUUCAGUGCAUUCCUAUGGGAAACAGCGAUUCGCUAGACGAAUUUUUCAUAAAACGAAUUCGUCUAGCGCAGGGGUACCCAGACUACGGCCCGCGGGCCAGAUGCGGCCCAAUUGGCCUCCCAAUCCGGCCCACGACGACCCCAGCCGCCCGCUGCCGCCGCCCGCUCUUGCAACGCGUUGCGAGAGGGCGCGCUUCCAGAUCUGAAAAAAAUCGCCGAAAAUCGUUU